UUUUAUAAUUAAUUAUUUGAAAUUGUAAGAAAAAGAUAAGAGAAUGUCGGGACAAAAGGAGUCGGUGUUGUCGUCCAGUGAUGUGCCGGCCUCGGAGUUCUCUGACCGGGCGCUGUACUUCAUCAGCAAGCAGUCCAAAGCGGACAUCGUGGACAUCGUGCUUAAGCUCAUGGAUGAUGGACCCACGCCUAUGAAGAACUUGAGGCCGGCUAAGGCAAGUAUAACUUAUACUGGGCAUGUGAACUUCGGUUGUGCUGGUGAGCAACGAAGUACACCGCCCAGUAAAUGGCUUGCGAAGAAAAACCGCACAGGCGCGGAUCAGUUUUACCUGGACCACCACGCGGAGUACGAGGCGCGGGGCAAGGUCAGCCGCGACCAGAUCUCCCGCGUCCUCGCACACAACAGCGCCUGCCCCAAAAUGUAUGACGAGCUCAGGAAGAGGCGGUCAACUUGCAGACCAAUGAUCUCACAUCGAAAUCUGGCUCAAGCGAACUACGAUCCAAACUCGCGAGACCGCGAGAACGAGAUCUGUUUCAAAGUUAUGAAGCGAGGGAAACUUGAUAAUCGGAGGAAACGUACGAGAAAUCGAAGCAGGGAGUACCACAGAUACGACAGUUCGAGGGUCACCAAACACAAGCGGCCAGACAGGAGACGGUCACCAAUUGUGUUCAAACUCCCUAUUAUCAGCCUGAAUAAGUGUUGCCAGUGCACGUCCUACUAUCUUCCUGCGGAAACGAAUAGCGUGGCGACGUUUAAAGAGUGCGUGGCCCUGCAGCCAGAGAAGGCGCCGCACAGUAACGUCAUGGCUCUACAGACUUUCGAUCCGAACAGAGUGCAGUCUCCACCGCCGUCGAACGUGGACCCCGGCAGCAGGCACACGAGCGCGCCAUCUGUUAGCACUUAUAACAGUUUCAUGUCCAUGGAUCACGAGCCGAUGGUCGACUGACGGUGACUGGUUAAUUUUUUUUGGUUUGGUUUGCCCGUUUUAGGGUCUUGUUUUAAGUUAAGCUUCUUGAACGAUAUUCUGUUAUUUGAUAAAUAAAUUAUCAGUUUUUUUUU